AUGGCUACCAAAUGCAAAGCGGGAAACUGUGCAAAGUGCAAUUCAAGGCAUCACACCUCUAUCUGCGACAGAGUACAAAGCAGCCUCCCACUCUCAACCCCAGCCAACCCGGGUAAUUCUAGAGAUAGAUUCUAUGGGGCAGUGGACCAGGUACAUACUACUUUACACGCUACGGCCAUAGCGAAUGUCAAUGGCAUCCCAGCGCGCAUCAUGCUGGAUAGUGGAGCUGGGAGCUCAUACAUCAGCUCCAACCUACUAACAAAAUUAAACCUUAAACCAAGCAGGGUCGAAAGGAGGGUCAUUGAGCAGAUGUACGGGACGGUAGAUAAGCAGGUAGAGCUCUACAAAAUACAGCUGGGCUCAACUGUCCUUGACAGCUUUAGAAUGGAGCUCCACUGCAUUAAUGCAGAGAAACCUAUCAUCACUCACCUUCCCAACCCGAGGAUCCCAGAGCUAAAAAAGAAAUACAACAAACUCAGAAGACUGACCUUCAGUGAUGAAACCUCGACAGAAGACAAGCUACCAGUACAUGUCAUACUUGGCGCAGCUGACCUCCAGCGCAUCAAGUCCACUGAGCCAGCGGUGCUUGGCAGCGACCCAGACAAAGACCCCGGAGCUGAGUUCACCAUGCUUGGAUGGGUGAUUGGAGGCAAAGCAGCGAUUUCCGCCACAGACACAGAAAAGGGUUUCUUCCUCAGCAACUCACAGGAAGAAUUCAACCAGAUGUGCUCCCAGGAAGUACUUGGACUGAAGGACAGUGAUGAAGAGGGAGGAGAAUUCCACAAUAAUUUCCAGGAAGGGUUGCAAAGAUUGGACGAUGGAACCUACUCCACCCGGUUACCAUGGAAACCAGAUCACACAUCCCUACCGUCUAACAAAAGACUAGCCCUAGCACGUUUGGCGAGCACUACCCGUAGACUGGAGAAGACUGGGAGGAUAGAGGAGUACCAUGACAUUAUGAUGGAGCAACUGAAGGAAGGGAUCUUAGAGCCAGCUCCAGAUACUCCAACAGGGGAGAACGUACACUAUAUCGCACAUACCAUGGUGACGAGGGACGAUGCUCAGACCAGCAAGCUUCGCAUCGUUUAUGACUGUUCAGCAAGAGAGGAUGACAACACCCCAUCUCUAAACGACUGCUUAGAAGUAGGCCCUCCAUUACAACCUAUGCUAUUUGACAUAUUAUUGCGCAACCGCAUGAAUCGUCUCUGUCUCACGGGAGACAUUCAAAAAGCAUUUCUGCAGAUUAAAGUUGACACCAAGGAUAGAGACUGCAUGAGACUGUUUUGGUACGACAACCUUAAAGACCGAAACAUUGUAGAGUAUAGGUUCGCAAGGGUAAUCUUUGGCUCGGGCCCAAGCCCCUAUAUUCUGGGCGCUACUCUGCAGAAACAUGUGGCUAGUUACAGUAACAAGUACCCAGAGACUGUGUACCAGUUACUAACUAACACAUAUGUAGAUGAUGUACAGACAGGUGGAGACGACCCUGAACAGCUGCUUCGAUUUAAGCAGGAAGCAAGCGAGAUCAUGGAGAGUGGAGGAUUCCAGCUUCACAAAUGGCACAGCAAUGUCCUUGAGGCGGAGGAGAGUACCUCAGCAGAGAGAGCAGACCGGGCCGUGGACAGGCCACCGGUAAAGAUCCUAGGAAUACCUUGGGACAAGAACAAGGACGAGCUUACGAUCGCAUUCAGCGAUUCCACCGAAGAAGAGGUGAGUGGUGCACUCACAAAGAGGAAGAUGCUAGCAGUGAUCAAUCGCAUCUACGAUCUGCUAGGACUCGCUUCGCCAGUCACUGUGACUGGCAAAGUACUGUAUAGCAAGGUGUGUCUUAGUGAGAAGAGGUGGGACGAGGCGAUUACAGACGUAGAGAUUGUUAGAGAGUGGAACAAGUGGCUUAAGAGCAUGAAGGCAUGUCCAUCAGUUAGUAUUCCGCGCAGUGUAGUGGAUCAGCACGUGACAAGGAUAGAGCUACAUGGGUUCUCAGAUGCGAGCAAGACAGCCGUAUCGGCUGCGAUUUAUGUAGUAGCCCAUCACGCAGACAGUUCUGUUAGGCAGACAUUGCUUGUCGCGAAGUCAAGAGUAGCCCCUAAAAAUCAGAGCAUUCCUCGUUUGGAAUUAGUUGGCGCACACAAACUCACAAAACUAAUGACUCAUGUUAAUGAAGUUUUGCAGGGUCAACCUAUCCAGAUCUACCAGUGUUGGGUCGACAGCACCACCAUCCUCUACUGGAUCAAGGGCAAAGGUACCUGGUCACAGUUCGUGCGCAACCGGACAAAGGUCAUCCAAGAGAGGGACUACCUCAAGUGGAAUUACGUCCCAACGGGUGAGAACCCAGCAGACAUAGGAAGCAGAGGAGCGGGACCGGGGGAGCUAAGCGACAUGUGGCUGCAUGGGCCUAACUGGCUGUCAGACAAGGCGAAAUGGCCUUUACAACCAGAGGUAACAGACAACGAUGAGGUAGCGAGUGAGACGGUGAAGAGCCGCAAGGAGAAAUUACUGGUGGCGACAGAAGAACCAGAGGAAAAGGGACAGGUAGACGCUUUGCUCGAGCAGUGUUCGUCCUACUGGAAGCUUAGGAGAGUCGUUGAUUACAUACAACGGUUUGGUCAUAACUGCAGAUCCAAGAGCAAGCGCACAGGACCGCUAACCACAGAGGAGAUCAACAAAGCCGAGUCCACACUGAUUCGCCGUGCGCAAGUGGCAAAGAGGGAGAAAGUGGAGGCUUCCAUGGAGGUGCAGAUAGGCGAGGAUGGGAUAGCUAGAUGUGUCGGACGCAUCGCCGGAUACCAACCCAUCAUCCUACCCAGAGACCACAAGCUGACGACUUUGAUCAUCAAACAAGUCCACGAGAAAGCCAUACACGGGGGAGUGUCAAUGACUAUGAGUCUAGUCCGGGAGUAG